AUGGAUGAUGUCGAGGACAUUCUGCCCGACGUGCUCUCCUUAGCGUUCGAGCGAGAAGGCACUGCCGGCGCUGCGCGCCGCCCCCCGGACCGCAGCCGUCCCACCGCCGUACAGAAGACCGCGGGGAGGACGAUACUUUCUCUUCAGGAGCGGAGGACGCUCGCCGCUGGGCUUGAGCCUCGGAAUAUUGGGACAAAACAUUACCUAUUUUUGAGACAGAAAGGUGAGCUCGAGGCGGCCUGGGACAUCUAA